AUGAUUGACGAACCCCCAGAGACGACUUCGGCUUCGAGCGCGCCCCAUAGGCAUCAAUCUAGUGGAGGGGGAGGGCAUAAGGGUGGCAAACAAUCAGUUGCUUACAAGAGUAAAGAUGAGGGGAGUUCUAAGGAGGCGCGGAAAAGAGGCAGAAAUUCCGGCGGUGCCGGGUCGAAGACGACCGAGUCGGAGUUGACGGCCCAGAUAGAGCAGCUCCAGGACAAGAUAUCACAGCUGACGCAGUUCGUGUCGAAUCUGAGCGAGACCCCUCGGGUGAGCGGCGGCGGUGGUGGGUCGGUUAGGAGGGAUAGUGUGGGGGGCCCUAGAGGGCCGGCUUUGCCUUUGACGGCAGAGGAGAAAGUUAAAUUAGAGGAGGACAUGAAUCAGCUGACGCCUGAUGAUCUCUGUCAAGUAGUGGAUAAGAAGCUGCGUAACUGUCCUGGGGUCGUACUGGAUCCUUUUACGGGGAUGCUGCAGGAGCUAGAUGUGGACAUGAUGGCCCCGAGAGACCAGAGGAAUUUGAAACGCUAUGUGGCGCGACUACUGAACCUUCGUAAUCAGAAGGUGAAGGAAAAUGAGGAGCGAGCUCGGGAAAUAGUGGCGCAGCAAAGAGCACUGGAGCAACUCCAAGAGAUGCAGAGGAGGCGCCGUCGGGCUAACUCCAGUAUAGUAGUUGGUGCCACGUCGCUAGCUGUCAUCACUCUAACGAACUGUACAAUAAUCGCUCACUUCUACCUUCACGAGGCAGUGCAGUACAUACCAUGGUUGCGGGACGGUGAGGACCUUGUGGACCCCCAAGGGUGGUUGACCUACGGCUUGCACUUUGGCUUCAAAAACUACCUCAUCAUGAAGAGCAGCCAGGCGAAGGAACAUCAGAGCGCUAAGAUGGGCGCUGCCAUGAUAGCAGCAGCAUUCACAAACCCUUUAGUGGAGUCACUGGCAUCGGAUAUGCUACCGUACCCCAUUGACAUCGCCUUCUAUUGUGGGACUCGUAUCCACUUCGUCAUCAUUCCCUUUGGGGUCAUCCCGUUCAUAAUAUGCAUCCUCAACCUACCCUAUGCUCUUAGCUAUGCUAGUAAGGAAGCGCUCGUGGGCAACCCUGAUGAUAUAUAA